AUGUCAGAAGACGCAUCACACGCCCACCACCACGACAAGAAACCCAAUCUUGUCGAUGCCUCUGGCAAAGAGGAGUCGAAAGAAGAUGCCACAGCCACGGCCAUUUUGCGCCGCAAGAAGAAAGACAACGCUCUUGUCGUCGAAGAUGCCACCAACGACGACAAUUCGGUGAUCUCGCUGUCGCCCAACACCAUGGACCUGCUGCAACUGUUCCGCGGCGACACUGUCCUCGUCAAGGGCAAGAAGCGCAAGGACACAGUUCUCAUUGUCCUUAAAGGGCGAUUUGUUCACGGUACGCGGUGGUAUGAGACAGGUGGAGUUCAAGGUUGUGGAUGUGGAUCCCGCUGA